UGCGCAGCACAAAUAGGAGGAGAGAUCAGAGAAAUAGAGAGAGAGAGAGAGAGAGUGAAGGAUGCAGGCUCUGAGCUCUACCGAGUUGUUCCGCAGAAACUUGACCGAGCAGCCGGUGCUGUUUGAAGAGCAUUCAGGAGUGAGAAAGGUGAUCUUGAACCGGCCUUCCAAGUUAAACUCCCUCACUUUCGAAAUGGUUUCUCAGAUGUUUAGCAAGCUGAAAAUCUACGAGGACGAUCGUACCGUCAACUUUGUCAUAUUGAAGGGAAACGGGAAAGCAUUUUGUGCGGGUGGUGAUGUUGUGGGAAAUAUGUGCUACAUGUUGACAGGACAUUGGAGCUUCGGAGCAAGCUUCUACAAGAAACAGCUCACCUUGGAUCACUUGAUAGCUACCUAUAAAAAGCCUUUGGUAUGCCUCAUCAAUGGCGUUGUAAUGGGUGGUGGUGCCGGAAUCUCCAUGCACGGGAGCUUUAGAGUCGUGACAGAGAAGACGGUAUUUGCAAUGCCUGAAGCAAUACUUGGACUAUUUCCGGAUGUGGGUGCAUCUCAUUUUCUAUCCAAACUUCCCGGUUACUUUGGUGAAUAUGUCGGACUAACCGGAGCAAGAGUGGAUGGAGCAACAAUGGUUGCAUGUGGCCUUGCUACUCAUUUUGUCUUUUCAAAGGAUCUUCCUCUUUUAGAGCACACUCUCUCUUCGGUGGAUCCAUCAAAUGCAGCAGAAAUUUUAUACGUCAUCAACAAAUUUGCGCACAAAUCCAAUACAAAAGAGGAAGAGCUCCACAAAAGAUUGAAGAGUAUAAACAGAUGUUUCUCAAGACAAACUGUGGAGGGCAUAUUACAUUUUCUCGAAAAGGAGUUGCGGGAUAACUUGGCAGAGAAAUGGAUCGCUGAUGCAGUGAACAAUAUGAAGUCUGCUAGUCCGACCAGCCUUAAGGUUUUUCUGAGAUCGAUAAGAGAAGGACGUGGUCAGACGAUCGAACAAUGUCUAGCUCGUGAGUACACCGUCUUUUGCAACAUUGUGCGGAGGAAGAUCACCAAUGACUACUACGAGGGUUCAAGGGCAAUUUUUUUCGAUAAAGACAAAAAGCCCAAGUGGGAGCCGGCGAAAUUAGAAUUAGUCACAACAGAGACGGUGGAUAUGAUUUUCAAAGCAUCGGAGGAUGAUGACGAUUGGAAUUGUCUACAGCUGCAUGCACGGUCCUCCAACUUGCUUGACCACGCAAGAUCGAAGCUCUAAACAAACUACUUGUAGUUUUUAGUUACUACAGAUGC